UUCAAAUACUACUUAUCUAUGUGUCUUGUUAUUGUUCUAUGGUCUUGUUCAUAACGCCAUCUUACAUCUUUUUUGGUAAUAAGAGUAAUAUAAAGAGAUGGCGCUACCUUCUACUAAAAGUUCAGCCAUUAACCAUUAAGGCAGUGACCCCCCCCUGGUUUCAGUAUUUGGAUGUGUUUUUGUCAAAAACCUAAAAUAUUCUUAACUAUUCACACCCUUAAAGCUAAUAAAUGAUAAUUUCACCGAUAGUCUGCUGAAUAAAGUGUUUCGCACUGCAUUGGUUGUACAAAACCACACUAUAAGAUGGAGGAUGGCAUGGACAUAGAGGAACAUGAUCUGUUGAACAACCCUACUGUCAGGAGCGUGUUUCCAGAUCUUGCCGUUCUCAAACAAGAAAUUAUUGAUUUUGAUAUAAGUGAAGUUGCAGCACCAGAAACAUUGACAACGUCGCCGCAAGUAUCAAAGAGAAAUGAAAACAAAAAUCAACUACACAAUUUAACGGUCUACAGUGGGGAUCAUCCUACCGAGUGCUCCACUCAAGACCUGGAUGUGAAACCUGACCACCUGUGUACUGACAUGGAUGACACAAUAACUGUCAAGGGCAACAGUUUCACAGAAUUUCAUGAAGUUGAAACUGAAAUCAAGAAGGAAUCAGAGAAUGUACCAAAUGAAUUGACAUUUUACAGAAACAGAAUUAUACUCGGCAAGAUACAUGUAGAUGAGUCUGAUGAAGAACGAGAAGUUGAUGCACCAGGUGACUGUAAUAAUGUUGUUAACAACAAAACAAACAAUGAUCAAGAUUUGGCAGUGUCAAUAUACACUGAUGAAAAUAGAAGCAUGAGGAUAACUAAACAGGAUUAUGAAAUGGAAAAAUGUUUGAGAGCGAAAAUUAUUCUAACAAACUGUUAUACAACUCUAUUGAACCAUAACUGUUACUGUGCUCAGUGUGCAGUGUUGUUCUCCAACACUGAAGCGUAUAGUGAACAUUACACAAACACACAUACCGAGUCCACUCACUCACCUAAAGCCUCGGAUUCUCUUGUGACACGUAAACAAAUAAUUUACUCUCAUGUGAAGGAAUUUGUGUGUGACACCUGCAAGAAGAUAUUCACUACGAAAAGGAUAUUGAUACAGCAUAUGUUAAUUCACAAUGACGACAAGCCAUUCGAGUGUGACAUUUGCAAGAAAACAUUUAACCAAAUAACAAAUUUAAAGUCACACAAGUUACUUCACACUGGAGAAAAGCCAUACAUGUGCGGUAAUUGCAAAAAAUCGUUUAGGCACAGUAGUACUUUAAAAAACCACGAAUUGAUCCACACUGGGGAAAAGCUAUUCCAGUGUGACAAUUGCACGAAAACAUUUUACCGAAGAAGUAAUUUGAAGAGCCACAAGUUAGUUCACAGUGGCGAAAUGCCAUUCCAGUGUGAAAUUUGUACGAAAUCAUUUAAACAAAUAAAUCAUUUGAAGAGCCACAGGUUAGUUCACACUGGCGAAAAGCCAUACAAGUGCGGUAAUUGCAAAAAAUCGUUUCGGCAUUUUAGUACUUUGAAAGAGCACGAAUUGAUCCACACGGGAGAAAAGCCGUUCCAGUGUGACAUUUGCAAGAAAACAUUUAGGCAUCGGGGCUCAUGGAAAAACCAUAAGGUAAUUCACACUGGCGAAAAGCCAUUCCAGUGUGACAUUUGCACGAAAUCAUUUAACCAUAUAAAUACUCUUAAGAGGCACAAAUUAUUUCUGCACAGCCAUAUGAUUCUGAUGAGUCGGAAAAAAUGAGAGAUCCGGGAAACAUGAGGGAACAUAGUACAUGACACGGCGUGAAACAGCGGGAUGUCAGUGAGUGUCAGUGGGGCGCGCUGCGGGCGAGGGCUCGGCCUCCGCCUGUCCCCUCACUGCAGGCAGCGCCGGCGACGCACAGGCCGCGUUGUCGACACGCUCUCCUACACCCACAUACAAGCGACUCCACCUACACUGACCACCUCAGUUGCAAUUCUGACAUCGGCGCGGACGGUCGCUUUCUAGCGGCGCCGUCUGUAGCCGUCACGUGUGACUCACUACUGAGUGACCCGGCUGCUCAAGGACAGCGUCCUGUUGUACACCGAGAUGCCUGAAAUCCCGGCUCAAUUGGAAGCCUCCGAACAGUAUAAAAGGUAUUUAAAUUGGUAGAU